CAAGGUAAUGAUUGUGGGAAGAAAUAUUACCGAGAUCACCCAGUUCAUCCUCCUGGGUUUCUCAGAUUUCCCCCAAGUCAUAGCACUGCUCUUUGUAAUGUUCCUCACACUUUACAUUACAACGCUGACCUGGAACCUGUCCCUUCUUGUUUUAAUACGGAUGGAUUCCCACCUCCACACACCCAUGUAUUUCUUCCUCAGCAAUCUGUCCUUUGUAGACCUCUGUUAUAUCUCCUCUACAGUCCCAAAGAUGCUUUCCAACUUCUUCCAGGAAAAGCAAACUAUCAGCUUUGUGGGCUGCAUAGUUCAAUACUUUGUCUUUUCCACUAUGGGGCUGAGUGAAUCUUGCAUCAUGACAGCCAUGGCCUACGACAGGUAUGCUGCCAUUUGUAACCCACUGCUCUAUUCAUCAAUCAUGUCACCCACCCUCUGUGUUUGCAUGGUGAUGGGAAGCUACACAGCAGGACUCAUAAGUUCAUUAUCUCAGAUAUGUGUCUUGCUGCAGCUCCACUUCUGUGGAUCUAAUGUCAUCAGACAUUUCUUCUGUGACAUGCCCCAGCUGUUAAAUCUAUCCUGCACUGACACUUUCUUUGCCCAGGUUCUGCUUGUCAUAUUAACAAUGUUUUUUGGGCUUACAAAUGCUUUAUCCAUCGUGAUAUCCUAUGGCUUUAUCGUCUUGUCCAUCAUGAAGAUCACUUCAGCUAAGGGCAGGUCUAAGGCAUUUAACACCUGUGCUUCUCACCUGACAGCUGUUUCCCUCUUUUAUAUUUCUGGUAUCUUUGUCUAUUUGCGUUCCAGCUCUGGUGGCUCCUCCAGCUUUGACAGAUUUGCAUCUGUCUUCUACACUGUGGUGAUUCCCAUGUUGAAUCCUUUGAUAUAUAGUCUGAGAAACAAGGAAAUCAAAGAUUCUAUGAAGAGGCUGCAGAAAAAGACCAUCUGCAGCCAAGGUCUCAGAUAAGAUUUCAACACAAUUACAUGUCAGUUACUAUUAUCUGCAGUCAUGUGCACAUGACUGUAACACUACAAAGUCCAUGGCACUUGGAUAGAGAUGUCUUUGAAACAGACAUCAUGCCAAUUAAAACCAACAAUUGA